AUUAUUAUUCAUAUUAUGGAGGCACUUGAUCAUGAAUUGGCCUAUUUGUAGAAUAUAAAAGAGUCUGCACAGUAAAGUGGAAUACAAACAGAAGGACGUCUUUACUUGGUCGUCGAGAGCUGAUCAAUCACACAGAAAAAUGCAGACCUUAGCCAGUAUGAUUGGGAAGGGGAAAUCUUCCCUGGACAAAGUUGCCAGCACAAGACCAAUUGAUGGCGGUAUUAUUUACAGCGACGUCCAUAUUGAGGGAGUUUCUAAAACAAAUUUCGCAAUCGACUUCCUUAACUCAUGCAGUUCUAAAGAUACACCAGAUGUUGCACUUCGUAUUUAUGUGGAUUUCGACAACAAAAAAAUCGAGCGCAAAGCAAGAAUAGCCGGCAAGUGGACUCCUGCAUUUGUCAGUGCCCCAGACUUUUUAUUCCGAAGAAAUGAAGUUUUUCGAAUAGACGUGGCAUGUGGACAAACAAAAUACGUGAUAACGAUUGACGGUCGCAAUGAAAUCUUUUUCAACCAUGUUUUCCAAAACUUGCCUCUAGUUGAUGUGGUUUCUAUUCGAGGAGAGGACAUAAGUGUUCAGCAUUUAGAGAUGAAAGAUGCGACGUUACCCCUAGGUACGGUUUUCCCCACCCAAAAUUUUGACAGGAUUGCCGACGCGAAACUGAUGAAGGCAGCAAUAAAGGACAAGGAAGUGGACUUAGAGGUUGUUGUUGGUGUUUUGGUAAAUAGAUCUAACGAGCAAAGACAAGCUAUCAAAUGGCAGUAUAAUAAGGAGUAUAAAAAGGAUCUUGAAACCGAGCUUGACAAACUUCUGAGCGGAGACAUGUCUGAGGUCAUCGUAGGUCUUCUAGAUACCCCGGAUGUGUAUGAUGCAAAAUGUUUGUUUAAAGCAAUGGAGGGUAUCGGAACAGACGAAAAGGCGCUGAUUGGCAUUCUCUUGUCACGGAACAACAAGCAACUGGAAGCAAUAAAAUCAGCAUACAAAACUCUUUACAAGCGUUCGUUGAUUGAAGAUUUGGACUCGGAAACGAGCGGAUAUUUCAAACAACUAUUAAUUACAUUUGCACAUGCUACUCGCGACGAGAGCGAGACGGUGGAUUUAACAAGAGCCCGCCAUGACGCAAAAGUGAUUUUCGAAGCUGGCGAAGGUCAAUGGGGAAUUGAUAAAUCUGAAAUAAAUGAAGUUCUUGAAAAUCGCAGUGACGCUCAAUUGAGAGCAACAUUUAAAGCAUAUGACGAGAUUUCAGAGCUUGGAAUAGAGGGCGCAAUUAAAGACCAAGCCAGCGGCGACAUACAAGAAGGGUAUCUUGCAGUCAUAAAAACUGCAUGCAAUCCAGCAAAAUUCUUCGCCGAGAGAAUCUACCACUCGAUGCAAGGACUCCUUAAGGAUGAUGACCAGCUCAUUCGUGUAGUUAUUUCACGCUCUGAGGUUGAUUUGUUGAGAAUGAAGACUGAGUUUUACAACUUACACUCGAAGAGAGUGCACGAUUACAUCAAGGAGGAAUGCAAAGACGACUUCGUCCAAGUACUUCUUGGAAUUGUGAAAACUAUAUAGUUUUUGCCAGAGUUUAAUUUAAAAUAAUUAUAUAGAAUUAUACCACAUAAUAGCUAAAUAGAUUCUGUGGACACCAUUAUAUAUUUUGAGGGAUUUUAAGUGAGUCAAAUUAUUGUAGAACGCGCGAUUCCUAACAAAAAGUCAUUCAGUUGAUAAUGAUGAAUUUAUUUAUCCAUACACGGAUCAUUGGUUGAAUGUCUCCCAAGAAGACGGGAUCGUAUAUUGCCUAAUAUUAUAUCAACAUUGUUCUUCUUAGUUCAUUACAAAUCAUGGGCAUUGAUAAUCGCAGCUAAACUAUACACAGUUGAUUUUUGUUUUGGGCUAAUAUAGAAAAAAAAUAAGGAGGUUUUUUUCUGUGUCAUAACACCAGGUAAAUGACAAUUACUGCUUCAUUGCCUCUUAGAAUGGCAUCAUUCAUCCUCAACCCGACCUCUCUCGCUGCUUUUCGGAAGUUACUCAGCAACACUAUGACUUUUAGCUUCUUGGGCGCACAAAAGAACUAUAUACAAAUACUUUAUUAUUAUUAAUAUUAUUAUUAUUAUUAUUAUUAUUAUUAUCAUCAUCAUCAUCAUCAUUAUUAUAUAAAAUUGUUGACUUAUUACUAACAUAUCUUUAAAUAUUAUGGUGCACGUGGUUAACUGUUUAGUAUUUCUCAUUAAUUAGGCAAAUACUGAGAACUGGCUUCCUUUUGCACGGUUUAACUCUAUGACUAUAUAUUUUACUUUAAGUAAACGACUAAUUAUUUGUUUACACAUUUGUGUAGACCUACUGUAGUAAAACGUUUUAAAUAUUACCUAGAAAUUACAUUUUAUAUUUAAUUACUGUUAAGGCCAACUCAGACAGCGUAGUACGACGCAGAUCGACGUGAUUCAUCGUCAGGGACAGUCUUGAGCCGUCGUGAGAAAUAUUAGGCAUUUUUCGUUUUGACUACGCGGCCAGUCUACUACGAACUAAUAGAGCGUAACAGACAUCUGCGCAUGCUCACAAACCUUACUGGCUAAAUCGGCGUUGUGAUAGCUUCCGCGACAACCCCAAAUUCUGAAUUUAGCGUAGUGGCGACUACCCUAAUAUUGACAAAUCAGAUAACCGGAUUCUUUGGCAAACUGCUGGUAAUUUUUUUGUUGGGGGUUGCAAUUUUCAUCGCAUCCGCGAUCGAGCAUUGUUCGUUCAAUAAUGAAUUAAUUAUUA